AUGGAUACAAUUCAAAAUGUCUCAAUUCCUAAUAUCAUUUUUGGUUGUGGACAUGACAAUGGUGGGACAUUCCCUAACACCACUUCUGGCAUCAUUGGCUUAGGUGGUGGCAAUGUCUCAAUUGUCAAUCAAAUGAAUCAAGAAAUCAAAGGGAAAUUCUCUUAUUGUUUAAUCCCAUUGGAAUCAUCAACUAAUUCCAAUGCAACUAGUCACAUAAACUUUGGUGAUAAUGCUGUUGUAACUGGUCCUGGCGUUGUUUCAAUUCCCUUGAUAAAAAGCAAAGAGGCAGAAACAUUCUACUUUCUAACUUUAGAAGGUAUCACCGUUGGGAAUAAGACUUUGCCAUUCAAAUCCUCUAAAAUCAAUUCCAACGAUCAAGAUUUAGAGUUGUUGCCCAUAAACACAUUUACACAAGUGGCUGAAGGUUUGGUUUGUUUUACUAUAUUGCCAGAGGUGGAUAUUGCUAUUUUUGGGAACUUGGCACAGAGGAAUUUCUUAAUUGGAUAUGAUCUUGUGGCCAAAAGAGUUUCCUUUUUGCCUACUGAUUGUACUAAGCAUUAA